AUGAUGAAAUCUCUCGUCUCGAUUCUCACAUUAUGUUUUCUUGGUAUCGUUGGCACUGAAGCUGCAGGACGAAAUCUAAAAGAUGUCAUCUCGCUUCCUAGCCAACGGUUCCAACAACCGUAUCGAACUGGGUACCAUUUCCAACCACCAAGCAAUUGGAUGAACGAUCCCAAUGGACCAAUGUUAUACGAAGGAGUGUACCAUUUUUUCUACCAAUACAACCCGUACGCGGCAACUUUUGGUGACCUCAUCCUGUGGGGCCAUGCCGUAUCAUACGACCUGGUCAACUGGAUCCAUCUUGACCCGGCAAUAUACCCGACCCAUGAAGCAGACAGCAAAAGUUGCUGGUCCGGAUCGGCCACCAUCCUGCCGGGAAACAUUCCGAUGAUGUUGUACACCGGAAGUGAUUCACAGUCCCGGCAAGUUCAAGAUCUCGCUUGGCCAAAAAACCUCUCCGAUCCGUUCUUAAGAGAAUGGGUCAAAUACGAAAACAACCCGAUCAUAACCCCGCCGGAGGGCGUCAAGGACGACUGUUUCCGGGACCCCAGCACCGCCUGGAAAGGUCCCGACGGCGUGUGGCGGAUGGUCGUCGGCGCCGACAGAGACAACGACGGCAUGGCGUUUUUGUACCAGAGUACGGAUUUCAAGAACUGGAAGCGACACGAACAGCCUCUUUCGUCGGCGGAAGAUACCGGAACUUGGGAGUGCCCGGACUUUUAUCCGGUGCCGUUGAACAGCACCAACGGGCUCGAUACGUCGACGUAUAGCGGCAGUGUGAUGCAUGUGAUGAAGGCUGGAUUUGAAGGGCAUGAUUGGUAUACGAUUGGGACUUACAGUCCAGUUAGUGAGAAUUUUUUGCCCCAGAAUGGGUUACGAUUAUCAGGAAGCAAAUUGGAUUUGAGGUACGAUUAUGGCAAUUUUUAUGCAUCCAAAUCGUUCUUCGAUGAUUCCAAGAACAGAAGGGUUUUAUGGGGUUGGAUCCCUGAAUCCGAUUCUCAAGAAGACGACAUCGAAAAAGGAUGGGCCGGCCUUCAGUCGUUUCCAAGGGCAGUUUGGAUAGACAGAAGUGGGAAGCAGCUAAUCCAAUGGCCGGUGGAGGAGAUUGAAACCCUUCGUGAGAAUGAAGUUAAACUUGAAAACAAAAAGCUCGACUCUGCUUGCCCUGUUUAUGAAAUCCAGGGGAUUACUGCUUCGCAGGCGGAUGUUACGGUUUCUUUCAAAUUAGAAGGUUUGACCAUCGCAGACACAGAGGAUUUGGAUACGACUUCGGUCGAUCCACAAGCACUCUGUACCGAAAGAGGUGCUUCGAGCAAAGGUGCAUUCGGGCCUUUUGGCUUGUUGGCUAUGGCUUCUAAAGAUCGCAAAGAGCAAACCGCAAUCUUCUUCAGGGUGUUUUAUGACCAAAAGAUUAAACGAUACGCGGUACUCAUGUGUAGUGAUCUUAGCAGGUCUACGAUCAGGAGCAAUAUUGACACAACAAGUUAUGGUGCGUUUGUUGACAUAGAUCUUCAAAACAACAAUGAGAUCUCGCUCAGAAACUUGAUUGACCGCUCAAUUAUUGAGAGCUUUGGGGCAGAAGGAAAGACAUGUAUUACAAGUCGGGUUUAUCCGAAAUUUGCUUACAAUGAAGACGCUCAUCUUUUCGCUUUUAACAACGGGACUCGAAGCGUCACAAUUUCAAAAAUGAGUGCUUGGAGUAUGAAGGAUGCCGAAUUUGUGAUAGAUCAGACCGAAAAAAGUGCAGUCUAAGAAGAUAGAUACGUUGAAAACCAUUAGAAUAUUCUUGUGGAAAAUAUAUAGUAAAAGAAACAUUGGAGGCCAAGAAGAGUGGGUUUAAUAGCUCUUUGUGAAGGUCAUUCUUUGUCGCUAUAUUGCUUGUAAAAAAUUUUGAAGAUUGUUGGCAGUUUUUUUCAUUUAUAAAUUAUUAAGAUGUAACAGUUUGUGCAAAGCACAGGAUGGCAUUGUAACAAAUUAUCGUUUCAUUAAUAUAAUUGCGCUAUUUGAGUAA